GUUAGGUUAUAUUUAUCUAACCUAUAUUUUUUGACAGUUUUCAAAUUUUUAAUAUUUUCAAAAUAAAGCUGAAUUAAUAAUAAUGAGUGCUAUGAAUGGCGAAAAACUGAAAAUACUAGCAAUUCAUGGUUACAGACAAAAUGCCGAUACGUUUCGUCAAAAAACUGGUUCUUUUCGUAAAAUAGCGAAUAAAUUUGCUGAUUUCACUUAUAUCACAGCACCUCAUAAAGUGGUAAUUCCCAACGAUGUGGAAAACGUUGACACAGCUCAGGAAGAAGACGAGCAGUUUGGCUGGUUCUUCAACAGGGAAGAUAAAAGUUUUAGAGGAAUCAGAACAGGUGGUCCAGCAAUUGGAUUCGAAGAAAGUGUUCAGUUAGUGGAAGAAACAUUUGAAAAACUUGGUCCCUUUGAUGGAAUUUUGGGAUUUUCGCAAGGAGCCUGUUUAGUAUCACUCCUAUGUCACCUUCAAGAGGAGAAAUUGUUGAAGGCGAAGUUCAAAUUCGCCAUUAUGAUAGCUGGAUUCAAAUCGGGAAGCAUACCUCAUUCGGCUUAUUACAACAAAACCAUUGCCAUUCCGAGCCUUCAUGUGUUUGGAGAGAAUGAUCAAAUUAUCCCCUCACAAAUGAGCAAAGAUUUAAGCAAAUGUUUUCUCAUGCCCGCGAUAGAAAUGCAUCCCGGAGGCCACUUUGUACCUGCAUCAUCUAGCCAAAAAGAGACGUACCAAAGUUUCUUAAGACUUCAUUACCUAGUCAAAAAUUGCCCAGAUAUCGAAAUGAAUUUUUAACGAAGCCCAAUUGGUUUUUUCGUAUGGUGUCGGGGACCCAGAGAAGGUAUUAAAUAUGCUGAAACGAACAGAAUUCACAAUCUUUUAAUCGAGAAGAAUCUAAAUAAACUGUAAUUAUGUACAUCAAAAUAUAAACCUAUGUACAAAUAAAAAACAAUUUUAAAAUA